AUGGCGGAGCAGCUGGCGAGGAUUUUCGGGACCGAGGAGGAUCGCGUGAACUGUCCAUUCUACUUCAAGAUCGGGGCAUGCCGAAAUGGCGAUCAGUGCAAUCGACUGCACAACCGUCCGACGAUGAGUCAGACGCUGCUGCUGUCCCACAUGUAUCCAAACACGCCAGAGAGCUUGGCCCUUGCGAAUGACGAGCCCUGGGAUGACGACAUGUAUGACCGAGCUCAAGCACAUUUGGAGGCUUUCUACGUCGAGGUGUUCUUGGAGUUGGCCAACUACGGUGAGAUUGAGGACUUGGUCGUGGUCGAUAACCUUUGCGACCACAUGAUCGGAAAUGUGUAUGUGAAGUAUUACCACGAGGAGGAUGCUGAGAGGGCCCUGAUGAAGCUUACAGGUCGUUUCUACAGCGGCAAGCUGAUCCAGGCGGAGUACACCACGGUCUCAGAUUUCCGAGAGGCGCGCUGCCGCGCGUUUCACGAGACCCGAUGCAAUCGAGGGGCCUACUGCAACUUCAUGCACAUCAAGCACAUUCCUCGAGCCAUUAAGCGCCGAGUUGUGCGAGAGAUGUAUGACGAUCACCCCGAGUACUUGGGACAGACAGCCAAGAAGUCCAAGAAGGACAAGGAGAAGGACCGUGACCGCGACCGCGAUCGCCGAAGCCGCUCCAGGAGGCGCGAGAAGGAGAAGAAGGAGAAGGACAAGGGCGAUAAGGGCGGCGGUGGCCCUCCUGCACGUCAGACUUCUGAGGAACGUCGUGCUAUGAUCGCCUCCUGGAAUGCGGAGAAGGAGAGCGGUGUGGUGGCCUAG